AUGGGCCUCACAGUCACGAUCAUCAUCAUGAUGGUCAUGGUUAUACUAGUUGCAUCAUCACCGUCCGACCAAACAGAUGUCCUCACUCCUCUUUGCAUCAGCGAAUGCUCCUCGUGUCCCGCCAUUUGCUCUCCUCCUCCCUCCCAAACUCCUCCCUCCACGUCACCACCUCCGUCUCCCACAUUGCCGUCAUCCUCUCCGCCACCGCCACACAAACGCUCUCCACCACCGCUUUCUCCUUCGCCACCGUUAAUUACCGUCAUCCAUCCGCCACCACCACGUUUUUACUAUUUUCAGUCCACACCACCGCCUCCACCACUUUCUUCCGAUGAAAAAGGCUCGCCACCAUCACCUCCACAGCCACCGUCACCGCCAAAGGGACAGUCACAGGGACAGCAAACUCCUUACCCGUUUCCUUAUUUCUAUUUCUACACGGCAUCAGAUGCCACUCUUCUCCUUUCUUCUUCCUUUUUUAUUUCUCUUUUUAUAGUUUCUCUAUCUAUUUUUCUUUAA